AUGAACUUUAUCAAAUUAACCAUGUCAACUAUUGAUUCUGAUGUGAUUAACAAAAAAGAGAAUGUUUUUGAAAACGUACAGAUAGAGCUCCAAAACAAAACUGAACGAGUUAACAAACAGUCUAACUCAACUUCGAUAGAAAACAAUAUCACAGACACCAAAUUACCACUACCCAACACACCAAACCAAUUAGAACAACAACAAGACUUAAAUGAAAAUACUCAACCUAUCACAAAACCCUUUCUGACUACUGUUUCGUUUUUAAGAGGUAUAUCUGCGGUUGCCAUUGUGUUUAUCCACUUGAAUGGUCCACUCCCAUCAACUUGGAGAAAAAAACAAUUUAACCACGCAUACCUUGCAGUUGAUUUUUUCUUUCUUUUAUCAGGAUAUAUGACGUCAUAUACUGUUAAUCCAUCAAAGCAUUUUGAACCAUUUUCAUUUCUUUUGAAAAGAAUUAUCCGUUUACAACCAAUGCAAGUAUUGAGCACUCUGUUUGGUGCAUUUUUCUUUUAUUUAAAUAAUGAAAAAGGAGAUGAAUUCAAUUUAUACAAACUAAUUUGUCUCACUAUCGUGGGGUGUUUUACUAUUCCUAUGCCAGAGAAUUUUUCUGUUAUUAAUUUUAACGGUUUUGCAUAUCCAUUAAAUGGGCCGGCUUGGACUGUGUUAUAUGAAUAUAUAGCAGCAUUAUUAUUUACAACAGUUUUUAGGUUUUUAAAUGUUAUUGCACUCUGUGUUCUUAAUGUAUUCUUUUUGUACUUUAUAAUUGAUAUUGCCUUUAAUAUAGACACGUUUCGUUUAAUAAAUGGACUGGGUGGAGAACUAGUCAAAGGAUGGACAUUCAGUUUUAGUCAUUGUUAUAUUGCAUUUUCAAGAUUGUUGUUCUCAUUUACAACAGGACUUAUUAUAGAAAAGAUACCAAAGAAACAUGAAAUCAAAUUUGGGUUUAUUAUUACUUUGGUGUCAAUCACCGUUUUAUAUAACAUCCCUUAUAUACAAAAUAAAUGGGCAAGAAGCAUUUUCGAUUUGUGUUCUGUUGUUAUCGUUUUUCCGUGUAUUUUGUUAAUAGCAACUCGAAGCAAGAUUCAUUCACAAUUCGUUCAAAGAAUUGGUAAUUUCCUUGGAGAAAUAUCGUACUCAAUGUAUCUUACACAUUCAUAUAUUCUGGGGAUGUUUAAUGUAUGGGGUAAUAACUACGGAAAAGAUGCCAGUUUGUCUAUGUGGAUCUAUUUAUAUAUCGUAAUGGUGUUUGUCCCGAUGGUGUUUGGCUAUUCGUGCUGGAAACUGUUCGAUGUUCCUGUAAGAAACUUGCUCAGAAAAAAAAAAAGUUCACUAGAUAGCGAAAAAUAG